AUGUCUUCCAAUCGACGUAGAGAGUUUUCAUUGCGGCAAGACGAAAUUAUAGAAUUCUUGAUGGCUGACUACAGCGAUGAUGAGGAGGGUUUAGUCCUUGAUGAAGAGGAUCAAACUUUUUUAGAGCAAGAUGUAGACACGGGUAUUUCAAUUGUUGAAAUUGAACCGGGGUCAGCAUCUCCAGAAGAGAAUAUUAUUGAAAAUCAACAGCCUAGUUCUAAUGUCCUUUAUUUCAACUGGCGAAAAAAUUCAUAUUCUCCGCAUAAUUUUUGUGAAAUGGAAGGGUAUAACUUCGGCGAGGUGCACAUUUUUGAUCAAACAUCUGAUACGGAACUGAAUCCUGUAAAAAUCUUCAAUGCGGCUACAGCCUUUGAAAAAUUAGUAGAGGAGAUUAUUUUUCAUGAAUCCAUACGCUACGCUCAUCAAAAUGGAAGAUCUUUUACGUUGACUGCUGAAGAAGCCAAAGCUUUCUUCGGCAUGAACUUUGUGAUGGGGUAUCAUUGUUUACCUACAUUCAGACAUGGGAGUUCCUUAUAUUGCUAA